GUUUAUGUGGUUCUCCACUUAACUUCCUGUCCUGAGAACAGAGCACAGAUGUAUAUAUUUAACAACACCACAUACACACUGCCACUCUGAGAGCUGCAGUGGAGACAGAACAGACCUGUGCAUUACACAGACUGAAGGCUGAUCAGGGAAAACAGAGAUGAGUCAAGAUGUUUAUGCAAACUCAGGAAUUUCAGCAGACAACAGGUCAGUUGAGUCAGAGGACUCCUACAAAGAUAUCUGUCUGAAUGAAGACAUUCUAAAGACAAACGUGACCAGAUGCCAUAAUGGAACUAUGACCUCAGGAGGAGACACUGCAUGGGGCAGGUGUUACAGACUGACUGUAGCGUGUGUGGUGCUGUUGUGUGUUCUCCUGCUGACUGCCAUCACAGUGCUGUGGAUCAAAUUCAACAACCUGACUACAGAAAACAACCAGUUACAGACCAGUUACACCAACCUGACUAAAGAGAGGGAGAUAGAGAUCCAGAGGCAUUCUAAACUGGGAUGGAUUUGUUUCGGCUCCAGUUUUUACAUCUCUACUGAAAAGAAGAACUGGACUGAGAGCAGACAGGACUGCAGAAAGCAAGGGGCAGACCUGGCGAUCAUAAAGAGUGGAGAGGAACAGGAGUUUAUCUUGAAACAGCUUGGUAAAAGUCAGGCUUGGAUUGGUCUGAGUGAUGGAGACACAGAGGGAGAGUGGAAAUGGGUGGAUGGUACACCACUGACCACUGAGUACUGGCGUAAUGAGGAACCGAAUAAUAUUUAGCCAAGCCUUGUGCAUAUAAGGGUAGGAUGAGGGUUAACCCUAACCCUGAUUAUAAUCAUCUACUGAAGCUCAAGACCUGCAGAGAGACUGUCCCAGUGCAACCCACUUACGGAUGUCCAAGAAGAGGAAAUUCACUCCUUAAUUGUUUAAUGUCAUUGAUGUGAAGUCAUAGUGCCGUAAUAUUGAAUGAAAUAUAUGUAUAGUACAUGUAUCAGAUUUGUGUUUCAUAUUGCAUAUACUUUUGUAGGUAAUAUCCCAUUUAACUAUUUACUAUGCUAUUAUACAUAAGUUCUGCCUUAUUUUAAUCAAUAUUUUAUAUUCUGUAUGAAUAUUUUCAUAAAUAUUAUUUUAUAAGUGAA